AUGGUAACCCAGAAAUGGGAAAAGACAAAGAGAUGGGAAGAUGAUCUACCAAAAGGGUGGAGAAGAUUAGCCAGGGACAGUUGCAGCUACGAUUUCUUGGAUAUAUCCGAGGCAGGUUUCGAAAAUGAGACCGAAAACGCAGAAGAACGGCUCCUGUCUGAACACCAACAUGUUUUUAGCCACGACAAUGAGGUAUGGGAAGAAAUGGGCACACUCCUCCCGGAGUCAGACUCAAUCAGUGCUGGCUGGAGACGGGACUCUGGUCCAGGGUCUGGAUCCCGGCGCGUGUGCGGCGACUGGAGCGGCAAGCUAAAGUUACUUCGAUACCAGUCUCGUACUAAUGCGCUGCGCCUGCGCUUCCGGACAGAUCAUUCAGGACACUACGCUGGAUACAGGGCCAAGAUUACUGUCGCUGACUCCCAAACAUGCAUGGACGCUAAGCAAGUGCUGUUCAACGGACACUGCUACCUUUUCUCCGGCUACCCACGCGCCUCGUGGAUCACCGCAAAACAAGUAUGUGAAGGUCUGAACAUGCAUCUCUCUUCAGUCCACUCCGCGGAAGAAGAACGGUUCAUUGUUUCCGGCAUCAGACAGAGUAGUGAUUACAGCGCUGGCGCGAUCUACUGGCUGGGGGCCAGAGUCCAAAGACCAGGGCAGAACUUCAGCUGGGUAGAUGGAAGUACCUUUGAAUAUCAAGCGUGGCCACCUUACAAUGAUACAGAGGAUGUUGAAGAGGCGUGUUUGGGUGUUCAGUGGCGAACAUCUCCGGUGCCGUCGCAGCCGAGCGGACUCUACUGGUCGCAACAUAAAUGCGCUGUCACCGGAGGAUACAUCUGCAAGCGACGCCUCAACCCUGAACACAUCCUUAAGAACAACACUGUUGAAGGCAACUCAGGAGAACUGUCCAGCCCUAACCACCCAGGACUUUACGACAAUGAUGUGGACUACUGGGUACAUGUGGCUGGACCUCCGGACACGCGGCUAGUAUUUGUCUUCAACACCAUCGAUCUCGAGUACCAGAAUGAUUGCUUGUACGACUUCGUAGAAUUGAAGGAUGGUUUAAGUACCAAGUCUUCGCGCUACUGCGGCUCGCUGGGAGAGACGAGAUGGGUCGCCACCAGCAACCGAGCUACUCUGCAUUUUCAUUCCGAUUACAAUACUCAAGGUUCUGGUUUCUCGUUAUCUUGGCGCGCAGUAGAACUGGUCGGAUGUCCAUCUCAGACAUUCACCUCGAAGGAAGGUCAGCUGCGGAGCCCCAACUACCCGCACUUCUUGCUGCCCGGCCUCGAUUGCACUAUCGACAUACUCGCACCUUCAGGCAAGCGUAUAUUUCUUAACAUCAGCCAUUUUGAUUUCGGUUACGGAACAUUUGUGAACGGAAUCCCAAUAAACGUGUCUGAAGCAAUACCGGAGGAUACGUUCCUUGAGAUACAGAUAGAUCCCGACAGCACUCCGAUACGUCCCUUCGUUGACCCAAAGAUCCUGACGAACGGACUCUUCGUAUCACAAUCUGAAAUGAUGAGACUGAGGCUGAGGACCGGUGAGAACGUCACCGGCGCUGGCUUUCUUGCGUUAUUCAAGACUGUAAACUACCUAAACUUGAGCCACGUACUGGAACUAAGGGACUGGAGUUCCGGUAGACUGUCAGCCCCUAACUGGCCGGGAUCGCCUCCACUAAGAGCUAAGAUCUCCACUAGAAUCCUGGCACCGCACGGACACACUUUGUCUGUGGCCUUUGCGAAGACGCGCCUCGUCGCUCCACCAUCCAAAAUUUGGCCGUGUGGUGAAGGCAAAGGGUGGAUUGAGGUGAAAGACAGUUACACGGACAACAACGGCACGGAGUGGACGCUGUGCGAGGUAGGCAGGAGCAGCAGGAUGACAGAGAGCAGCGCACCGCUCAUCAUCAACUCCUACCUUCACUCGCUGAUGGUGACGCAGCACGCCGGCGACCGCGGCGUCAGCAUCGAUGUGUUGUUGCUCGUCAGGAAAGACCCUGAGUAUCACAACAAACUGUUACUUAUCCCCGAGGACACAAAUCUGGAAUCAUGUUACCCUAACCCUUGUCUGAAUGGUGGCCAGUGUGCUUCCGACGACGCGAAGAAUUUCUGCCAAUGCGCAGGAUAUUACACUGGUAUUUUCUGUCUUCUGACUGCAUGCGAGCGGUCACCAUGCGUGUUCGGCAACUGUUCGCUGUCUGUGGCUGAGGGCAGUGGCGGAGAUGCGUUUGCAUGCGCUUGCGCACGCGGCUGGCGCGGCCGGCGCUGCGCCGAGCGCACACGUCCCUGCGCCUCAGGACCCUGCAACCAUCGCGGCGCCUGCAUCGAGAGGGACGGAGGCUUCCUCUGCCAGUGCACGCCCACAUGGAAGGGCAAGAGGUGUGAGAUACCGAACCCUACGCCAAAAAUCGUAGGACUCGGAACAAGAAUGCUUCAUGAGCCAUUCUGGCUCGGCUUGAUAGCAGUCUUCUUGGUACUCGGCUUCAUCGGCCUCGUGUGGUGCGCCAAGAGACACUUCCCCGAGAAGAUAGAGAAGUUGCUCGCAGAGGAAGCGGACAGAUGUGCAAGACGUAAGUACACUUAA